AUGGAAACUACAGGAAGUUGGUCUCUGCUACUUUUCUCACUUCUGUCUUGCAUGCUUCAUCUUAAUCCCUUACUGGCUUUCUCACUGAAAAGCUGCACUAUUGCCUAUCCUGAAAAUGCAAAUAACAUGUUGGUUACAUGCAAUGAUCAUUACCUCACUGCUAUUCCAGAUGACAUUCCCAAAAAUGCCACAAGUUUAAAUCUCGCCUCAAAUCAAAUUGCAAAGAUCACGAUGACAGAUUUAAGAGGUUUAUCAAAGGUCCGAGUUGUAGAAGUUCAAUAUAAUUUGAUUUCACACAUUGACGACGGAGCUUUCACAGACUUGACUGAGUUAAAGGUUCUCAUCAUGGAUGAAAAUAAACUCACGCAACUGACAGAUGACAUGUUUCAGGGACUGUCCAAAUUAGUAACACUAUCUCUGUAUAGCAACCAUAUCUCUUACAUCUCCCCUGUGGCCUUCCAGUCCCUGGUCAACAUUGAGACAGUAAUACUGGGCGCUAACCAACUACAUCAAAUCACAGAUAUCGCUCCACUUUUAAAAAUACCAACUUUACAUGAUUUGAUGAUGGGGUAUAACAAGUUCACCUCUUUUCAAUCAGAAGACCUGCCUUUUAACGUCUCAAACCUCAGGUUACUGCAUCUAAGUUUGAACCCGCUGAGAAGGUUCAGCAUCACAAAAGACGUCUUCCCUUAUUUGCAGUCUCUCGACUUGUGCAAGUGUAGCAGCGACAUCGAGUGGGAUGUGUCGAACAAGACCUUUCUGAGGAGCCUGACCAGUUUGUCCUUUAGCGGAAAUUAUAUUAGCUUUGAGUCGUACAAAGCAAUUCUGCAGACCGCUGACUCGUUGCAAAAACUUCACCUGUUUUUCAUGAAGGAGUGGGUAGACAAAGGCCUCAUAGACAUCGCCUGCCAAAUUCCUUCUCUGAGAACUCUUCACGUAACGAACAGCAGAAUUGGCACUUUAGAUGACCAUCUGCUGUCGUCUUGUUCUCAGCUCACUGAACUAACUUUAUCUUCUAAUGAGCUGUCUAAGAUGUCUGAGCACUCACUCGGAUCGGUAACACAGCUCAGAGUUUUGGAGUUGGACCGUAACCAACUGUCUAAACCGCCACUGGUACUUCAAGGGCUUUCCAAACUGGAAACCCUGAACCUGGAGUCCAACUUCAUAAGUGAACUUGAUUGUCUCGACUUCAAGAAUUUGACAAGGUUAACCAUUCUUGAUCUCAACAACAAUCGCAUUUCAACACUUAAAGGAUGUGUUUUUCAAAAUCUGAAUGACUUACAAAUCCUAAAUAUUGGAAAAAAUGCCCUUUUUGCCUUUUUCAAUACCUUCAAAGUUAAUUUGUGGAAACUAGAAUCUUUGAAUUUGCGCAAUAAUGGUCAUUUAAAGCUCAUGCAAGGAGACUUUAGGAAUCUGUCUUCCCUCAGUUUUUUGGAUUUAGAAUCAGACGUAUACCAUAAUGUGUAUGACGGGGCUUUCGAGGGACUUGAUAAUCUCCAAACUCUUACUCUGUCACUUUGUCGUUGUGAGAAAGAGUUUUUCAGAGGACUACCACGCUUAGAAAACCUAACGCUACAUCUUACUUAUAACUGGAACCAGAGGACUUUUCAAGAAAAUGAUGAGCCACCUUUUUCAUAUUUACCAAAAUUGAAGAAGCUUGUACUCAAAGUUUAUGACUCAAAUCAUCCUAACAUUUCACCAGAUCUGCUCAGGGGUCUGAAAUCUUUAGAGUACUUAAUGACGGACAGGUUCUUCAUGAAGGCAAUAAACCCAGACACAUUUAAAUACACUCCCCAACUGAGGAGUCUUCAGAUAAUCAACUGUGAUCUGUCAUAUUUAGACCCCAAACUGUUCUGGCCAAUCCCAAACCUGCAGGCACUCGAUCUCUCCAACAAUAAACUCAGGUCUUUAGAUUUCCUGACUCCAGCCAACCUUCAGGUGCUCAGUUGGUUGAAAAUUACUGAGAAUGAGCUUUCGAUCAUCACUGACUUUGUCUUCCAGUCCCUCCCUGCCUUGACAUAUCUGGACCUGACUGGUAACCCUUUAACAUGCGACUGCUCCAAUUCUGGCUUUAACCAGUGGGUGCUGAGCAACAACUGGACUCAGGUUGUUAAUGGCCACCAGUAUACCUGUGCCUUUCCUAUUAGAGAACAGGGACAGAAGUUCCUGGACUUUGACGUCCACGCCUGUUGGGUGGACGCUAACUUCCUCUGCUUCAUUUCCAGCACUUUUCUGGUCGUGCUUACUCUCCUUGUGUCUUUCAUCUACUACUUCCUGAGGUGGCACCUAACUUACGCCUACUACCUCUUCCUGGCCUUCCUGUAUGAUAAGAGGAGGAGGAAGGAGGGAACUCCUCACCAGUAUGAUGCAUUUGUUUCCUAUAAUGUUCAUGAUGAGGCCUGGGUCUACAGAGAGCUGCUUCCAGUGCUGGAGGGACAACAGGGCUGGAGGCUCUGUCUGCACCACAGAGACUUUGAACCAGGUAAGCCCAUCGUAGACAACAUCACAGACGCCAUCUAUGGCAGCAGGAAGACCAUCUGUGUGAUCAGCCGGCACUACCUGCAGAGCGAGUGGUGCUCCAGGGAGAUCCAGAUGGCCAGCUUCCGUCUGUUUGACGAGCAGGAGGACGUGUUGAUCCUGCUGUUCCUGGAGGACAUCCCGGCCCAGCAGCUAUCUCCGUACUUCCGCAUGAGGAGUCUGGUGAAGAGAUGCACCUACCUGAGCUGGCUAAAGGCCGGACAACAUACUGGAGCGUUCUGGAUGAACAUAUGGCGAGCUCUAGAAACAUCUGAGGAAACACACCUCACUGAACAACCAAGCUUCAUUUCAGUCACAGUUCCACCGCAGGAACUUUCCCCAGGAACCUUUUGAGGAACUAUGCGCUAUUCGACUGCAGGAACCAGGGUAUAAAUUUAGUUCCGGGGUAAUUGAUCGACCCCC